CACAUUGUCCAGGCUGCCUAAUUGGGUUGUUCCCCGCAUACAACAAAGGUUUCUUGCAUUCACCCUCCUCAUAUUGUGCGGCACAGGACAAAGAGCUUACCUCUAUCACGGGGCUUCUGGCAGUUCGUCGGGUCAGUUUAAAUAACUGGCAUAUUUGCCAUCUGUUCGUUCCUGAGGAUAUCACCCUAUCGCAACUUGAUGGGGACGCAAAUCAAGGAACCAUGUCGUCGGAAACUUCUUCCAUGCAGUCCCCCACUACCAUUCCCCCUCGAACUAGCUCUGCGGGUGCCACAGACGGAGCUAGUACAAACUCAUCCGUGACAGGACAAUCAAGCCUCGCAGCUAUUCCUGAAACAAAUGGCGAUCAACUACAGACGAACACCAACAUCCGGCGCAAACACACUCGCAAUCGAUCUAGCCUAGAUGGCACAAAAUAUAAAGAUGGCCAGUGGUCACCAGAGAACGAGAUGAUUGUGUUGGGUCCCUAUGAUUACAUGCUGCAGCAUCCUGGCAAGGAUAUACGACGGCAGCUUAUCAACGCAUUCAAUGAAUGGCUGAGAGUCCCCACGGAGAGUUUGGCUAUUAUCACCAAAGUAGUAGCUAUGCUUCACACAGCAUCGCUAUUGAUCGAUGAUGUCGAAGAUUGUUCCAUUCUUCGUCGCGGAGUUCCCGUGGCUCAUAAUAUUUACGGAACAGCUCAGACCAUCAAUUCGGCGAAUUAUGUUUACUUCUUGGCCCUCCAAGAGGUUCAAAAGCUGAACAAUCCCGCUGCGAUUGAUAUUUACGUUCAAGAGUUAUUGAACCUCCAUCGCGGCCAAGGGAUGGAUCUGUUCUGGCGAGACACCCUCACCUGCCCCAGCGAAGAGGAAUACCUCGAGAUGGUGGGAAAUAAGACCGGUGGGUUGUUCCGACUUGCUAUAAAGCUAAUGCAGACCGAGAGCAAUACGGGGAAGGACUGCGUGAGCUUAGUCAAUGUGUUGGGACUGAUCUUCCAAAUCUGUGAUGAUUAUCUCAAUCUGUCCAAUACAACCUACACUAAAAACAAAGGUCUCUGCGAGGAUCUCACGGAGGGGAAAUUUUCGUUUCCCAUCAUUCACAGCAUUCGAUCCGACCCGAGUAAUCACCAGCUCAUCAAUAUCCUGAAGCAGAAAACUAAGGACGAGGAGGUCAAAUUAUACGCAGUCAAAUACAUGGAGAGCACUGGAAGCUUUGAACACACACAGGAUGUUGUCCGGGAUUUACGCGAUAAAGCUUUGACGCUUAUAGCCGAGAUAGAGGCAAGUGAUAAUAGCAAGGAACCUGAAGGCAACGACAACAGAGUGACGAUACGUGCCAUUCUUGAUAAGAUAACCGAGUCUACUCUUAAAGACGUUCGAAAACCAGAUAAUUAAUCCGGCUCUAUUGUGGUUUUUGUCCUUCCGCCGUUCUCGUCCAUUCUUCGGUAGCGUGUUAAGCUUGGAUGUGUCUUGUGCACUUGGAAAGAUUGGACAACGGAUUGAUAAAGUUAAACAUAAGGAUAUGUUCGGCUGUUUUUGCCCGAUCAGUUUAUGUCACUAUUUCGCAUAGUCGAUUUUAUCACAUUUGGUGAAGAUAAGUUGUGCA